AUGACAUCCAAAUACCCAUACGUUCUAACAACCCAAUUUCUAAUGCUAACAAUUGAUAUAUUCUUCAACGCCCUAUCAAUUCUAUGUUAUGGAGACAAUAUGGCAUUGCUUCUGAUUUAUAUACUCCAAGACACCCUUCUAAUAAUGUCCUCCUUGGUAUUAUUCGUCUCCUUCACCGCCACAUUUGUCUUCCAAUUGGGUCUCAUUCAUAUCGUUCUUGUCCAAUUCUUGCCAACAAUAAUUAUGUCAAUUUUCUACACUUUUGUAUCUAUUGGAUAUCAUUAUACAAGCUUGAGUUCCACAUGGGAAGAUCAAACAGUCAACAUCUUUCUGGAGACCCAUCUUUUGAUAUUCUUCAUUUUUCACAAAGUGAUUUCGUGCAUCUUCUACUCGUUUUACAAGCGAACUGCACUUCAAAUAUCCGAUCCCAAGUAUAAUUCAGAUUCCACGUGGCUUCGAGAACUCUUCAUCAAGCAUAUGAAUGAUAAAGCUGCGAAGUUGGAGGCGAGGAAUGCUGCUGCAGCCACUUGA